UGACUUCCGGCUGCAGUUCAUAGAAACGCAUCGCGCACACAGCUUCCCCAUAUCACACAAACACAGCACACCAGGCAGGAGUCUGGUUGCCAAACAUUAGCAUCAUUAUGUCAAGUCAAAGUGAGUCCACCAGCACAGGAGACAAUCUACUGCAAACACCUGAACAGGAUGGCUUAACAAGAGUCAGACAGUUGUCGCCUGGUCAUGUACGUAAACUGGGGUAUACGAGGAAAAUGCGAGAAAGGAGGGAUUUCAAGGAGGAUGAAAACCCAGAAGAGAAAGCACGGAGACACAAGGAGUCGGAGCUGAAGCCUCUGUAUAAAGAGCUGUUGUACACCAUUGCUCAUAAGAUGGGUAAACCGUCAUCGACUGAGGUCUUCACAGAUAGCCAGCUUCAUCAGUACAUCCAGGAGGCUUUCACUAUGACGGAGUCAGAGCACUACCGCCUGUCAGAGAAAGUACAGAGCACAGAGUCCCCAGUAUACUGCCUCAUGGCCACUGUGAAGGAAGCCAAGGGAAUCCUGGGAAAAGACGUCAGUGGUUUCAGUGACCCAUACUGCCUGCUGACCAUAAUGGAGGACGAGGCGGAGAGUCGAACACGCCGGUCCAGAGCCAAACCCUCUAAAUCUAUUGUAAAGGAUGCUGUAUCCGAUGACAAAAUCUACCAGUCAGAUAUAAAGAAGCAGACUCUGAACCCUAUCUGGAACCAAACCUUCAUCCUAGAGUUUGGAGACAUCGCCGGGGCCAGCUUCCACCUUGAGAUGUGGGAUAAGGACGAAGAGGUUUCACUCUCUCAGAAACUAGAGGACAUCAAAACCAACAUUAAUAGUUUAAGAAGGAUGAUUAAGGAGGCCAAAAAGGAAAAAGGCACAGAUGACUUUUUGGGAAAGGUGGUCCUGAAACUACAGGAUCUCCACUGUACUGAAGACAACUGGUACAAUCUGGAGCCCAGAACGGAGACAUAUCCUGAUCGCGGCCAGUGCCACCUGAAUCUCAAGUUCAUCCAUAAAGCGAGAGACGGGACGCUGAGUGCCGGCCGUAGUGCUUACAUCAACUACUGUGGGAUUCUGCAGCAGUUUGUUCAGGCUUACAUCUCCAAGCAACAGAGUUCUGCUCCGUGGAAAGGGGCUCUGUGUGGCGAGGCUCAGACUCUGCUGGAGCUCUACGCUACGCAGAAUGACCUCUCACCUUUUCUUCAGGACCUGGCGAAGUGGGUGGCUUACAGCAAGCUGUACCAGAGUCUAGAGGUGGACUCGUCUUUGCUUCUCCAGCAGCUAACCAGUAUAGAGUACCACUGGCACCAGCAGGUGCUGCCAUACCAACAGAAACAGGAACUUGGAGACUCUCUUCAUGGUUUCCUGCAGUACGGACUGUGUCUAGUGGCCAAAUACAGAGACAUCUUCCCCCCAACUCCCAGCGCUACUCCAAAACUACACACACUGCUCAGGAUCUUGGUCCAGAUCUGUAAGACUCAGGCGUUUCAGAAACUGAACCCAGCUCAGUUUGAGUUGUAUGAUGAGGUCUACGAUGCCAUACAGACAGGUACACAGGAGUGGUUCACCGUCAAAAAGGGUUUACAUCAGCCAAUGACUAAGGAGCUGUCAGAGAUCGUGAGCGCCCUCUCCAGGUUGAUCGGGGAGGUUCAGGAAGACAUCAAACACAACAAGGAUGCCUGGAAUCGGGUAUUUGUCAGUGCCGUGCAAGUGGAUGUGUUCACUGUCGUCUAUAAUAGGUUCGACUCCCUGCUUGCAAAGGAAGUGAGGGAAAUCUUGUCCCUGAUUGAGGGUCAGAUGGAGCAGGCUCUAGCCAACAGCCUGUUCCCUGUUUACCUGAGCCUGCAGGCCAUCCACAAAGACAAGGCUUUCUUACAGAAAAGGGGAUUACUAGAGUUGACGAACUUUCAAGAAGGCUUCAGAGAGGCUCUGCCCUACUGGCUGAACCAGGCGUUCAGCACAACUCAGGACAGGGUGGAGAGGGCCGUGCAGGUAGACCAGCUCCAGCCCCUGCAGACCGGUGCCGUGCCCAUAAAACACAGCUCCUCGGCAGUGGACCUGGUGGCGUGUGUCCAACCUAUCUGCCAUCUGUGGGAGCAGCUGUCCUGGCCCGACCCCGAGGAGGCCUUCAUGCUCAUGGUCAAACUCACUGAGGAUGUGUGUAAGAUUGUGGUGAACUACUGUCACAUCCUGAAGGAGAGGGUCAGGGUGCUGUCUGAGAAGUCCGACCACGGCAGUGCCAUCAACAUGCUGUGCGUGGUGGUGAAUGACUUGGAGCACUUGCGGUCAGUGCUGACCCGUCUUCCCACACAGCUGAACUGGCCAGGGCUUCGAGAUCGGACCCAAACUGUGAUAGGGGAAAGCCAGUUCCACAACACUCUGCCCUCGCAGCUGCAGCAAGCCCAGGGCGUCCUCGGCCGGGAGAUUCGCUCCGCUUUAGACACUCUGGGGAAAAAGUUAAACACAGACAUCGAGACACAUGUCCGCAACAUGUCAACCAGGCGGAGGAUUCCCUCCAAGUCCACAGAGGAUGCUGCAGACCCUCUGAUGCGCUACCUGGAGCAAGAGCUGCAGUACAUGAAUGAAAACCUGGUUCAAGAGAACUUCAACAGUCUCCUGACUCCUCUGUGGAAUAACUCAGUGAAGAUCCUCUACCAGGUGGCUACUCAGCAUCCACAACAAGGAGGGUUCAUGGUGUUCUGCCAGAGACUGCUGUAUACACUGCAGUGCCUGCAGCAGUGCUUCCUCGCUGAGGGAAACGGGCUCCCUAUGAAUACACUCCACUCUGAUGAGUACAAGGCUCUCAAAGAUCUCUUGACUGACAACUCUCUGAGCAGCUGGCAGCUCGUGGAGAAGUUCCUUGUGAGGAAAAUAUCAGAGCAGAAAGUGUACAGUCGAGAGAAAUACGGAGCAGUCACCCUCCUCACGUCCUACAGGAGAUCAGACCAAAGACUCAGAGUUGAGGUGUUGAAUGCAGUCAACCUCUUACCAAUGGACUCUAAUGGUCUCAGCGAUCCGUUUGUGCAGCUAUGUCUGGAGCCCAACCACAUUUUCGCCGAGGUAGAACCUCGCUGCACACGGAUCAUAAGCUGUGAUCUCAAUCCUCUUUUUGAUGAGGCCUUUGAAUUUCUGGUAUCCCUGGAUCAGUGCCAGGCUCCGGGGGCUUGCCUGGUGGUGACGGUUCUGGACCACGACACCUUGAGGACAGAUGACUUUGAAGGCGAGGCCUUCCUGGGCCUUAAGGCCAUACCGGGAGUUCCUGGACGAAGGGAAGGAGAUGGACUCAGCUCACAGCCCGACGACAUCCCAGCUCAGAUCCGACUGCCUCUGAUGCAUCCUAAACCUAAUGAGGACAGCAUUCUGAGGCUCCUGGAGUCCAGGAGAGGAGAGCGAGAGGCUCAGGCCUACGUGAAGAAGCGAAGACAGAGAGAGAAACAGUCCCAGGAGGGGAUUCAACCGUAACAAACACACGGACAAUUUCUUCCUCCAAAAAUAUACUAUAUUUGUUUUAAUGAUCUGUACCAAAAAAACAAAGAAAUAUCCACUCAGAAAGAAACACUGGUGUUGGAUGAGUUGUGUCUGGACAGUAUACUGAGCAUGGGUUUACCAAAGACCAUCUGAUUCUUCUAUACGCUGAUCCAAGUUCUCCAAAGUGAUGAAGUUCUUUGAUCAUGAACACUUUCACACCUGCAGUUAAACCUCACACACCAUACAUAUCUGUCUGCUUCCUGAUACUUUGUCCAAUCAGUGCAAGAGAUAAGUAUGACAUCAUGUAAUUAUGUGUUUGAAUAUAUAUAUAUAUAUAUAUAUAUAUAUAUAUAUAUACCAGACACACGGUGAAAUGUCAAAGAUUACUACAAAUGUAAAAAUUUUGGCAGAAAAACCUGUCACAUUGAUUUUAAACAUAGAAAAUGGGCUGGUUUUAACAAAAGUUUGUAGGUUUGAGUUAACAUGAAAAGCGUUGAAGUAAAAAUUAAAAAUAUGUAAUUUCAAAGAC